AUGCACCGUACCCCGUGUGUGUGUGUGUGUGUGUGUGUGUGUGUGUGUGUGUGUGUGUGUGUGUGUGUGUGUGUGUGUGUGUGUGUGUGUGUGUGUGUGUGUGUGUGUGUGUGUACGGCGCUCGGCUCUGCCGUCUACCUGUGGACGCCUGGCACAAGUCGCGUGCAGACGUUGUGCGACCUGCAGGGAGAACAAGGCGGCGACAUCUGCUCGAUCCGCUGGUCCCGUCAAGGGAAUACUCUCGCCAUUGGUGAUCGCAACGGCAAUGUGCACAUUUAUGACGCUGCCAAACUGCAGCGCAUUCACACCUUCAAGCAGUUGCACACCGAACGAGUCUGUGCCUUGGCGUGGAAUUCCCACCAGCUGGCAACCGGAGGUCGCGAUCGCACGGUUCGACUGCUUGAUAUUCGUGCCCGCAGUGAAACCUCACAACUGAUGAAUGGUCACACCCAAGAAGUCUGCGGCAUGCAAUUUUCGCCCGACGGCUCGCACCUGGCAACGGGGGCCAACGACAAUCUCCUCUGUAUUUGGGAACCCACCCACGCCCACCGCCCGCGUCACACCUUCCGAGAUCACAAGGCUGCCGUCAAAGCCAUCGCCUGGUCACCACACAAGCACGGUUUAUUGGCCUCCGGGGGUGGCAGUGCCGACCAGUGCAUUCGUUUUUGGAAUACCCUGACAGAUCAGGCCCUGCAGGUCAUUGACACCAGCUCCCAGGUCUGCAAUCUCGGCUGGUCCAUGUACUCCAAUGAACUCGUGAGCACGCAUGGCUACGCCCGCAACGAAAUCGUGUUGUGGUCCUAUCCCGACCUGACCCGUCAAGCUGCCCUCACGGGCCAUACCAGCCGUGUGCUAUACCUCGCACUUUCCCCGGAUGGACAGACCAUCGUCACGGGUGCUGGGGAUGAGACGCUGCGUUUUUGGCAGAUCUUUCCUGCCGCAGUCAUGAGGGUUCGACACGCAAGGUGCGUGCAGGUUCUGGUCCUGGUGUACCUGGCCUACUGCCCUCUUGCCCAUGGCCUACCAAGCAUAGCUUGGCAAUCAGCACCGACACAAGGCACGGAGACGUUUGUGAUUGCUGGAGACGAUCUCCAGCUAGUUCAGGUCCAAGCAUGCUGGAAUGGUCACACUGACAAUUGCACGGCCCUGCCAGCGGCGGGCUUUCACGUGGUGGAGCAAUGGAACGCUUCCAUCAAGAUUGGCACAGCCACGCCCUGGCAGGGCCCCGCCGCGUUUCGGCUGGUUCUAGCCUCUGACACCAGCCAAGUCGUUGCCGCUGCAGCUGUCAAUGAGCCCGAUCUUUGGUGGGGCAUGGCUUUACCCCCCGUGUCACGUAGCAGCCUCCCUUACAACCCCGCCCUGUCUUCCAACGUCACCGUGGUGGCGUAUGAGGGCGGUUCGAUUCUUCGUUUGAUGGGCCGCGCACUCAGCAUGGACGCCGCCUCUGGCACCUGUCGGCCUAGCACUGACCCCACGCCCGACCCAGACCUGACCCUACGACUUGACACCUCUCCCCUGGUGUCCGUUACCGCCCGCCAGGCGACCUGCUAUGAUGCCGAGUUUUUGUUGCCCGCCAACCUCACAGCCGGACGCUACACCCUGCAAUUGGCCUCAAAUUGGGGCGUUUCAAGGCAAACUGGCCUUUUGCACAUUGUCUCGCGACCCAGCCCUCACACAGUGCAGAUCGAUGUGGAUGCCGCCUUUCAAGGCAACCUGAGUGCUGCCAACCAACAUGCUGCCACCCUGACCGCUGAUCCCAACGUACGUGCCCAACUUCUCCUAAGCGCGCGUACGUACAACCUCACUUCAACACUGCACGUUGCCAAUCGCACUCGUUUGGUCGGUGCCGGCCGCGAUGUCACCCUCCUGAGCCUGGCCCUGCCCGUGACAGACUCGGCGCAGGCUUUUCUGCUCGGGCAGGACGAUUGGGGCUUGAGUAACCUCAGCAUCGCAAUCUUGUCCGCACCUGCCGAGUUUCGCGUGGUACAGCACCUAGCUGGAGGCCAGCACUUUAGCAUGUUGGAUGUCAGCGUGGCCAUGUAUCAGUACAACGUGAGCAACGCCUUGUGGAUCGAGGGCGCCGCCGGUGAGGUGGCACGGUGUCGCUUUGACCAAAUCGGCGCCUGCCUUUACCCCAACUACGGCAAAGGCUCUGACAGCACCAACUUUAUGGCCAGCAAUGUGCUGCACAUGCUCAAUGCCACCGACAUUUGGCUCCACGACAACGAGAUCUUUUGGCGGUGCUCCCACUAUGACUUUGAUUGCAGCAGCCGUGUCAUCUACGAGCACAACAUGGCCUAUGCCACAGAGACCGGCACCGUGCCGCAUGGCAACUCCAUCAGCCUCUAUCAGGCCCGCACGUACCCCACCAGCCAAUAUUGGCUUUUUGCCCGCAACAACAUUUCUCGCCCAGCCUUCAAUGAUCCGUGGACUCAUCACAACUGGUUUCAGCGCGAGACAGUCACAUCAGACGGCCCCGGUGGCUGGGGUACAGCCUUCUUUGGUGGUUGGAUCGACGAAGAUCAACAACGCCAGGUUCGCCUGAGCUGGACCACGCUGGCCGAGGCUCCUAUUCCCGGAACCACCCUUCUAGUUUUGGCAGGCCCAGCCGUGGGUCAGACCCGCUUGGUGACGAGCUAUGAUGCCACAGCCAACGUAACUGUGCUCGACCGCCCGCUGCCCGGUCUGGCCAGCACCAGUCUGUUAGCGGUGGUGGCCAGCGCCAACUACAAGGCCGUCGUUGGCAAUGCCUUUCACUGGACCGCCAUGGCACAGUACUAUGGCAAUUCCUUUUUUAGCCUGAUGGCCGACAACAGCUUUGCCAAUUGCAGCGUCAGUCCCCAGGGCGCCAUUCAAGGCGUCGGCGAGUGCUACCACGGGAUUGGGCAAAACUUCUUUAUUGAAUACUACAACAAUGAACUGUCUGAUAGCGAUGGCAUCGUGCUGCAGGACCACAGUGGUCCCUCGGGCGAACCCGAGUGUGCGGCCUACGAGGGACCGUGGCAGCGCUGGAUCAUCGUCCGGCGCAAUCAGCUGGCGGGCGUCUCUUGGGCUGCCUUCAGCGCCUCGCCCAGUAAUCCUCAAUGCGGCAGCAUUAUGCGCACGGGUGGCUCCGUGCCUUCGCUUGACCUAGUUGUUGAGGCCAAUAUGGUGCAGUGCGCGUACCCCGGCUCACUCUCCAGCGGCAACAUCAGCUUGGGCCAAUGUGAUCAUUGUCUGGCCUCUGAUUAG